UGUUUCUACAACUCUUGUCCAAAUCCAUUUUAUUUCCAUAAUUAACUCCCCUCUCUCUCUUUCUUAUCUCUCACCGACGAACACGCACAGAUUCACCCACAAAAACACGCACAAAAAAUGUCUUCUCCAAGCAAACGCAGAGAGAUGGAUUUGAUGAAGUUGAUGAUGAGUGAUUACAAAGUGGAGAUGAUCAAUGAUGGGAUGCAAGAGUUUUAUGUGCAUUUUCAUGGACCUGCUGAAAGUCCAUACCAUGGAGGUGUGUGGAAGCUAAGGGUUGAGCUUCCAGAUGCUUAUCCUUACAAAUCUCCAUCGAUUGGCUUCGUUAACAAAAUUUACCAUCCAAAUGUCGAUGAAAUGUCGGGUUCGGUUUGCUUGGAUGUGAUUAAUCAGACAUGGAGCCCCAUGUUCGACUUGGUGAAUGUAUUUGAGGUGUUCCUUCCACAACUUCUGUUGUAUCCAAACGCUUCAGAUCCAUUGAAUGGUGAGGCUGCGGCUCUUUUGAUGCGUGAUAAAACUUCUUAUGAACAACGAGUUAAAGAGUAUUGCGAGAAGUACGCGAAAGCAGAGGAUGUGGGUGGCCUUCCAGAAGAGAAAUCGAGCGAUGAGGAGCUGAGUGAAGACGAGUAUGACUCGGGAGAUGAUGACAUGGCAGCGGGCCCGGUGGACCCGUAAUUGGACCAAUUGAUCGUUGUUUAUGCUUUUCGAUGUUUGUACAUUAUGUUUUAGUUAUUGUAAUUGUAAUUGUGUCUUGUUGACUUAAAAAAAAAGACCAUUUGUAUGGGAAAGGAUGAAAAAGAAAGUCCUGAUCCCUCUGUGUAUUUCAUCUCGUGUACAUAAAUUCAUCUGCUUCUGUUCUUGUACUUUAAUGGUUUAUUUGCUUCAUGACUGUAUGUAUGUCUCAAAGAAACUGAUUGUUUAUAUGUUAAUGAGACUCUUGAUGGUUCAGCA